AUGAACGGCGGCGUCGACCCGGAGCGCGAACAGGCGCUAGAAGAUUAUAAGAAGAGCUUGUUGGAGCUACGAGAAUGGGAAGCCAAGCUGAAGGGACUUCGAAUGGGCAUCAAGGACCUUCAACACGAGUAUGAUGUCUCGGAAGAUAACAUCAAGGCACUCCAAAGUGUUGGUCAGAUCAUCGGCGAGGUGUUGAAACAGCUGGAUGAAGAACGAUUCAUCGUCAAAGCUUCUUCCGGGCCACGAUAUGUUGUGGGCUGCCGUUCCAAGGUCGACAAAGCGAAGCUGAAGCAAGGCACGCGAGUGGCCCUGGAUAUGACAACACUGACGAUCAUGCGAAUGCUCCCUCGUGAAGUCGAUCCCCUGGUUUACAACAUGUCAUUGGAGGAUCCCGGGUCAGUCAACUUUGCUGGUAUUGGUGGUUUGAACGAUCAGAUCAGAGAGCUUCGGGAGGUCAUCGAACUGCCGCUGAAGAAUCCCGAGUUGUUCAUGCGAGUGGGCAUCAAGCCCCCCAAGGGUGUUCUGCUUUACGGUCCUCCCGGCACAGGCAAAACCCUCUUGGCCCGGGCCGUGGCUAGUUCGAUGGACACAAAUUUCUUGAAGGUGGUUUCUUCUGCGAUUGUCGACAAGUACAUUGGUGAAUCCGCGCGAUUGAUCCGUGAAAUGUUCGGUUAUGCCAAGGAACAUGAGCCUUGUAUUAUUUUCAUGGACGAGAUCGAUGCGAUCGGUGGACGACGUUUCUCAGAAGGCACAUCAGCGGACCGUGAGAUUCAACGCACGCUGAUGGAGUUGCUGAAUCAAUUGGACGGAUUUGAUUACCUCGGAAAGACAAAGAUCAUUAUGGCCACGAACCGACCGGACACUCUCGACCCUGCACUGCUCCGUGCUGGUCGUCUCGACCGUAAGAUUGAGAUUCCCCUGCCCAAUGAGGUCGGCCGUCUUGAGAUUCUCAAGAUUCACUCAAGCACGGUGCAACUGGAGGGUGAGAUCGACUUUGAGAGCGUGGUCAAGAUGAGUGACGGUCUGAAUGGCGCUGAUUUGCGCAACGUGGUGACGGAGGCGGGUCUGUUCGCAAUCAAAGAUUACCGGGAUGCUAUCAAUCAGGACGACUUCAACAAGGCCGUGCGCAAGGUGGCAGAGUCGAAGAAGUUGGAGGGCAAGCUUGAGUACCAGAAACUUUAA